AUGAUUUGUCCCUUGCAUCAUUGUGGCAACUUGCUGGAACUUGCCUAAGUUAAGACAUAUAUAAGGGCUCGAAAAAGGAGGGGAGAUUGGUAUACCACGUCCACCAUGGCUCCCCCCGUUGCAACAGUUGCGCCCACAUUCGAAGAUACCGCCACUCUUUUCAAGAAGAAUGGCACGGUUGCUCAUAAGACUUCUUAUGAUGUUGCAGAAGAUUAUGAUGGGAACUACCGCUUUGCACCCAUAGAAGAGGCGGAGGUGUCGAGGGCUAUGAUCAAGCGAUACUUCAACACCAUGUACGACAGAGCAGUGUCGGAUGUCGUUAUCGUUGGUGCCGGAAGUGCUGGAUUGUCAUGUGCAUAUCAUUUGGCUACUUCACGUCCUGAUCUGAAAGUCACCAUCUUGGAGGCCAAUGUCGCACCCGGUGGCGGCGCCUGGUUGGGCGGACAGCUCAUGACACCGAUGGUUGUGCGCAAACCCGCAGACCGCUUUUUGCAAGAGCUUGGCGUACCUUUUGAAGACGAGGGGAACUUUGUCGUUGUCAAACAUGCUGCAUUGUUUACUUCGACGAUCCUGUCGCGAGUACUAGCGUUGCCGAAUGUUGUCAUGAUGAACGCAACAGCCGUUGAAGAUCUCAUCAUUCGCACCGACUUCCAGGGUCAGCAGCGCGUCUCAGGAGUAGUGACGAACUGGACGCUGGUGGCUUUGAACCAUGACACACAAUCAUGUAUGGAUCCUAACACCAUUACAGCUCCUGUUGUCGUUACUGCUACCGGUCACGAUGGACCCAUGGGAGCUUUUUCAGCAAAAAGACUUGUUAGUGCAGGCCUUUUGAAGGAGCUCGGCAAUAUGAGAGGUCUGGACAUGAAUCGUGCAGAACCUGCUAUCGUCAACAAAACGCGGGAGGUUGUCCCAGGUUUGGUAAUGACAGGAAUGGAGUUGUCAGAGCAUGAUGGAUCAAACCGCAUGGGUCCUACCUUUGGAGCUAUGAUGGCAAGUGGCAUCAAAGCAGCUCGGGAAACAAUUCGCAUUCUGGAGACUGCUCAAGUCGUCAAUGGAAAAGUGGUUGGGUGAAUAGGUCACAAACCAAUAUAGCGGUUUCAUGAUCUAUUGUAUGAAUCGAUGUUUUUCUUACGUAGUAUAAAACGACACGCACUUUCUAUGCAAGAACAUAACUUCAAUGGUAAUACUCGCAGUGUUGAGUGCUACUGGCACCUACAUGAAACAUGAAAAUUCUGUCAGGUAUUAUACUGCAAGCAAUGUACACAGUACCUAAAAGGGAGAUUGUCUCGGAGGAGCUUCCAUAUCCGGGCGGAGUUGGUAAUUCUGUGCUGAAGUCACCACGACACCAAUGUAGGUUUCCCUCAUUGUUAUUCUUCAUUAUUUUUUAU